AUGGCCUUCAAGAACGGGCUGAGUGAACGCCUCGACGAGCUGCGCUUCCCGUCUCCUCGAUCCCCGCCCUCGGAGUCGACCUUCCCCGGCUAUACCGCGCUCUCCCCGGGCCAUUCGAAUAUUGUGUCGCCUUUCUCGCAAUCAUCGGGCGAUGUGCGUGCCAAUUUGCAGCGCCGCUUCACCACGGACUCGAGUAAAUUCUCCUCGCCAUGGAAUUCACUGAACCAGGGAGCGCCUCAGAUGCCGGAUCCACUGGACCUGUUGUCUUCGUUCGAAAAGAAGCGUCAGCACAUCGAGUACAUGCGCGAGCAGAAGCGGCGCUUUGAAGAAGACAUGAAACUGCUGGACAUACAGCACGAGAAAGAGAAGCAGGAGAUGGACCAGCUGGCCCGAGACCUCGCCAAGGCUGGUGUGUCUGGGCCCGUCAGCGAGCCCACCACUCCGCCGGAGUAUCGCGAGAGUGCCGUGUCCAGUGCCUUUUCGCGACCCUCCCGCUUCUCGACAUCCAGCGUUACCUCGUCUCCGGGCUUCUUCAGUGCCUUUGCUUCGUCUCAACUGACAUCGCCCCAAGCGUCUUCCCACACCACUAACCACUCGGUGGAUCGGUUUGCAGGUCACUCACUCCCUGGCUCGCGACGCAACUCAGAGAAGGAGGACUUUGUCCCGGAAACGGUUGCGAGCUUCCGUCCAGGACCUUCCAUCCACCGCUACUCACUGCCAUCCAACAACUACAAUAACCAGCUGCGCCAUAAUCCGCCUGGUUUUAACAUGGGCUCUGCUGCGGACUCGUUCGCUGCGACCAAGUACCUCUUUCAUAAUGACGACGACAAGUCCCCUUUGAAGGACGAGGAUCGCAUGCCCACCCCGGACAUCAAGAGCUACAUCAAGUUGACAGAGCCGGAUGACAAGUUCCCCACUCUUUUGCGUCGUGGUGGUUCGAACCUGCUUUCUGCGAACCCGGAUGCUUUGGAUCUGGCCAACUCUCGUACCCCGGGGCCCGACACGUACAACUCCCACAAUCGACACCGGCUCACCCAUCAGAGUAUGCCGCAGAAUGUGCCGGGCAUUAUGCGUGUGGAUCAGCUGGGCAGCCCGACUGCAGAAGACCAUGGCAAUGCGCACACCUCUCGUCACGCCUCUCGCCACUCUCUGGAGGGAAGCCUGGUGUACAACAAUGAUCGUGGAAAAGACGCCAUGACCCCUGUGCCCUCUACCCGCCCCACCUCGCUGCAAUCUUCUUACUCAACCAACGACCUUCCUACGGUGAAGGGUAGUGGCUUCAGCAACAACGCGAUUACUCCUCCCAAGACCCACGCUGAGCACAUCCACCAACACAAUGCCAGCAUGGGACGCAUUCCUGCAGGCGCUGUCAACAGUCGCCAGCAGAAGGAGUCGCCCGAGGCCGACGAGUCCGCUCUUCAGAGCCCCAACUCACCGCAAUCCAUUCUUCAGGCGAGUGCCGCACCAUUCGGGCCCCAGUUGACCUCAGCUGCUUCCAACGGCAGCCUGACUGGUUCUGUUGGCCCAUCUGGCCUGACCCCGUUCCAAGCCCCCAUCUACGGCUACGGAAUUCCAUAUGUCGGACCUCCUGGUCAACUGAACAACCAGAUUCCGGGCUUCCCAACCGCGGGUGCUUACGGUGGAUAUCCCAACUAUAACGGUGGCUAUCGUUUCACUGAUGGUGUGGGUCGUGGUGCUGCUCCCCAGCGUCGCCAGGGCGAGAGCGAUUCCACGCAACUGACCCGCUUCACCAACUACCCCCUGGAGCAUUACAAGGGCGAACUGUACACCCUGUGCAAGGACCAGCACGGGUGCCGGUAUCUGCAGCGCAAACUGGAGGAGCGCACCCCGGAGCAUGUGCAACUAAUCUUCAGCGAAACUUACAUGCACGUCAUCGAGCUUAUGACAGAUCCAUUUGGUAACUACCUGUGCCAGAAGCUCCUUGAGUACUCCAAUGACGAACAGCGCACGGCUCUUAUUGAUCAUGCUGCUCCCCAGCUGGUCAAGAUUGCUCUCAACCAGCAUGGAACUCGGGCUCUGCAGAAGAUGAUCGAAUUCAUCUCGACUGCGGAGCAGAUCCAGACCGUUAUCCGCGCGCUCGAGCACCAUGUUGUAGAGCUAGUCCAGGACCUGAAUGGCAAUCACGUCAUCCAGAAGUGCCUCAAUCGUCUGUCGCCGGAGGAUGCUGAUUUCAUCUACCAGGCCGUGGGCGCCAACUGCGUCGUCGUGGGCACUCAUCGCCACGGAUGCUGUGUUCUUCAGCGCUGCAUUGAUCAUGCUUCGGGUGCUCAGAAGGCUCAUCUCAUUGCGCAAAUCACGGCGAACUCCUUUGCCCUGGUCCAGGAUCCGUUUGGCAACUAUGUCGUGCAGUACAUCUUGGAUCUUGCCGAGCCUCAUUUCACCAACCCGCUUUGCCAGACGUUCGGAGGCAACAUUUCUUCGUUGUCCAAGCAGAAGUUCAGCUCGAAUGUGAUCGAGAAAUGCCUGCGGACUGCUGAUCCUCAUAUUCGCCGCGAGAUGAUCGAUGAGAUGCUGUCUGGCAAUGAGCUGGAGAAGAUGCUGCGCGAUUCCUUUGCCAACUACGUCGUGCAGACCGCCAUGGACUUUGCGGAUCCGGACACUCGCAACCGAAUCGUGGAAUCCGUCCGCCCGAUCCUCCCUUCGAUCCGCCAGACCCCGCACGGGCGUCGCAUCGCCGGCAAGAUGAUGGCCUCGGAGAACUCCGGCAGGGGAAGUGCCACGACCAGUGGCCAGGCCACGCCGAACGAGGUCAAUUCCACGCAGAUUUCAGGAUCGAUGCUCCAGAAGAACUUUGUGUACCAACAGCCAGGCAUUCCAGCCUCCAACGUUCCGAAUGCAUUCGGCCAGAACUUUAUCCCCGCUUCCUCGACCAGUUCCGCCUCCAACACGCCGUCCGGUGGAAACAGCGAGACCUCGUCGAUCUUCAGCCCGUCCGCCCCGCAGCCGACCACCAACCUUGGAACGCAGAGCCAGCUCUAUGCCUAUUUUUGA